CCUCCUGGGUCUGACAAGGUUCCCUCUACACAGCUGGGUCAGCUUUACCUCAGAGGGAGGAAGACUUUGCUGCCCAUGCACAGGUCUCUGGGGACAGAUGGAGGCUGUAGGUUACUCUAUGUGCAGGAUAUGGCUGCUUUUCUUGCUGUUCUGGCUGGGACAAGGGAGGCAGAUGGCUCCCCCAGGUUUUGUAGAGAGCAGUUGCCACUCUAGGAUUUUUUGGAUGAAACUGAAUAAAGUCUUGCUCCAGGGAAAGUUCUUCCAGCUUGAAAUUAAUGAUCCUUAUGCUGGCCCCCUUUUGCUGGACGAGAAACUAGCAUCUCGCUGUGGCUAUGUCCUGUCAGAAGAUGUGUGGGGCAACCCCGUCUUCCGUGCAUCGGUGCUUGGUUGCCACGUGGCCAAUGAGGCAGAUGAGCUGUUUUCACUGACUGUGAACAUCAAGGUCUCCUCAUUUCUGAGCAUGAGGGCAGCUGUGACCUACACCUACCCUAUGUACUGUUCCUAUUCCUCCUGGGCUUCAAGAGAAAUCAUGUGUGAAGAAAACUACAUGGAGGUGUCAGUGAAGACUGAUGUCCCUGCAAUUUCAAAUGACUACACCGUAGCAUGGAUGUCGGCACUGCCAGAGACUCAAAAUGUUGCAUACCAGCUAUGGCAACUGAUGUUUGUUUCUCCAUCAGGGAGAAAGAGAAUAACGGUAAGCGAUGCAGCAAAACUGGGCUACAGCUUUAAUAACACACUGUCCCGAGUGUACCUCCGUGCGCCCUAUCACAGCAACGAGUCUGACAUCAGCGUGGUUAGUGGUGUCAAUAUGAACAUGGUCACUUCCACUUCCAUGUACAGGCAGCGGUGGCUGCUUUUGCUGAUUGACACCACUGUCUCCUGUCCUGUUGAUGGCAUCAGUUUCACUGACACUGCGCUAACAUGGACUGUGCCAAGUGUUAUCCCCACAUUAGUGGUUCAAGAAUCCACCUUUCUGUCUAAAAACAUUUUAAUGGGAGUUGAUGAUCAGGUCAUAGUAAACCCAGAGGAGAAGAACUACUUACUGGAGCACAACGAGACGCUCAUCAGAAUAACUAUCCCUAUUGGAGCAGAAGGAGGAAAGCUAAAGAGCUCCAUAUCUGGUGGUGUAUAUGGAAUCAUUUACAGUAUUGACUUGUUUUUGGAGCACACGUGGACAGAUACAGAUUGGCAAACCACAAAGUAUACGGUCAUCAAAUCCAUCACCACACCUUUCAUGCCACAAAUACCAACUGUUAUCAACAACACCCUGCCAGAGGAAAGGCUAUUUAAUGUUGCAUUUGGACACUUUCUUCCCGAUGUCUCUCUAGUGGCAAUUGUAAUAGGAAAUGUGCCAUUUACCCUGCGGGAAGCACAGCACCAAGGGUUUAAAAUUUAUGAAACUCCCUUUUCUAAUAGAACAAAAGGAUUUAUCCUGGAAGUCUCUUUUGAUGAUCCAUAUGUUCUAAAGGAGUAUGUGAACAGAAAUGAAACAAAAUAUACCCUCCUCAUCAACUACACUCUAAACGUGGGUCUGGAGAUGACACUCUAUUAUCACGCAGCAGAGGUGGAGUGUGUGAUUGCUGAUAUCGAACUACCAGAAGCAGUUGGUUACUGUGAUGAAGAAAACAUGUAUCUAGCCAUUCCUACUUUUGGCUUGCAUCAGUACUGGAACCUGUACCUUGGUAAUAAGCUCCUGAACCGGCAUGUUGCACUUACCAACGGGUAUCUCGCAGUUACCAAUUCUACACACCUCAUCUUGCAAAUACCUCUGUUUGCUGCAGGAGUUAUCUACGAGGAAGUCUCCUUUCAGAAAAUUAAAGCAAGGUUUGAUGUUGACCUAAAGAAAGUGAGAACUAUGGACACCUUACAGAUGUUCUCCAUUAGAUGCAGUUUCAAUUCUUCAGAGUUUAUAGUAUGCCAGCCAGAUGGUACCAUAAUGAUAUCUGCUCAAAUGAAGACAGUUCCUGUCAUUGAUAUGAGUAAAACCAAACUAAGGGAUAGCUCUUGCAAGCCUAGAGAGCAUGAUGAACGACAUGCCUUCUUCAAGUUCCAUGUCACUACCUGUGGCACUUCAGCAAGGUUUGAAGGUGAUCACAUUAUUUAUGAAAAUGAAAUCUCUUAUGAGAAAGAGACUCUCCCAGAACAGAGAACACCAACAAUCACAAGAGAUCCAGACUACAGACUAACAGUCUUGUGCUACUAUCGAGCAAAAGAGACCAUAGUGCUAGGUGCCUUUGCUAGUGAUCCAUCCACAUCACCUCCCUUUGGCUCUGGUACAAUGGUACCAAGAUCAAAUAUUGCAGUACACAGAAGGACAAGACAAGCCCUGAAUGUAGUUUCAAGAGUGUCCAAAGAUGAAUCUUUCAUGGAAUUCUAUGAGCCAAACAUGGCAAUACUCAAGCAACAUGUGGAGCCUGUGUUUCUCGAGGUGGAGCUGAAAGACAAGAGCCCCGACACCGAGUUAUACCUGGAAAACUGCUGGGUAACUGGGUCUCCAGACUCCAACAGCAGCCCAAGAUGGAACAUCACUGUGGACGGGCAAGUAGCUAUUGAAUGACCAAAACGCUCAUCAGCAAAGCCCUAAUUUCUUUUUGAUCUGUUGAUUCAUUCUCUCAAACAGGUAUGAGAUUAAUGGCAGUGAAUAUGCUGCAGAGUUCUGUCCAGUAGCAGUUAGCCCCAGGGUAAGACACCCUUCUCAUUUCAAAAGACUAGCAGUAAGGACCCUGACUCAUCAACUGGAACAGGUGUAUGUGCACUGUUUGGUGGCAGCAUGCUCUCCUACCAACACGCUACCUGGCAGCCACUGCAGAGGACAGCUCAGCUCAAGCAGGAAGAGGAAGGCCUUUCCAGGUCGCUCUGCAGCCAGCCUCCAGGGCUACGUACUUGCUGGACCAGUCUGGAUUGUCAAUCUAGAUCUAAGAUGAUGCAUGUAAACUGAAUUUGUACCUGAAGGCUUUGCUGUGCUGCUGCUUUCCAAACAGUGCCACUAGGCAUGGGAGCUACCUCUUUCAGUGGCCACCACAACUAUCUUGAAGUGAAAAGGCCAGACAGUGGGACUCAGAACACCACCACAACACUGGAAAGUGCUAGGGUCUGCUAACAGAAUAAGUAGUUAUAACCUGUUGCCUCUCUGAAGUGGCUACAAAACAAAACUUAUCAGAAAAUACCCCAACACUGAAAAAUAAUAUUUCUUGUUUCUUCUAGUGGUUGAAAUAUGGACUUGCAGAUCAUGAAAUUUAUUCCAACCCUGAUUACAAUGUUUCUUGUAAUAUUUCAUAAAGUGACUGCCAAUCCUUUCAUGUAAAUGUAAAGCGCAAACCUGAAAAGUCAAAUAAAAAUAUGUACAAAGUAAUACAA